AGACACCAACGCAUUCACACUGGAGAGAAGCCGUACUGGUGUGAACAAUGUGGGGAAACCUUUUCUCAGAGUGGUAGCCUUAAAACUCACCAGCGCAUUCACACUGGAGAGAAGCCGUACUGGUGUGAACAAUGUGGAAAAACCUUUUCUCAUAGUAGUACCCUUGAAACUCACCAGCGCAUUCACACUGGAGAGAAGCCGCACUGGUGUGAACAAUGUGGGGAAACCUUUUCUCAGAAUAGUCACCUUAAAAGACACCAACGCAUUCACACUGGAGAGAAGCCGUACAGCUGUGAACAAUGUGGCAAAACCUUUUCUCAGAGUUGUCACCUUAAAACUCACCAGCGCAUUCACACUGGAGAGAAGCCGUACUGGUGUGAACAAUGUGGUAAAAUGUUUUGUGAUAGUGGUAAUCUUGAAAGACACCAGCGCAUUCACACUGCCUCGUUGUGAACAUGUUUCAGAGC